GAAACACACAAUUUAUUUUACAAACGGAAAAAAUUUCUCCACAGAAUAUAAAAAAUGAAUCCUGAGGACGUGAAGGGUAUUUUGAAGGUCGGCAGCAGCGGGGCCGCCAGCCAGCCGCCAGCAGCGGGCCAGAAGACGGCCAAGUUCGAUGAGCUAAAUGUGCUGGAGACCUUCCAUCCGGAGGGCAAGACCUACGGACACAUGGUCAUUGACGAGCCGAAGACCCCGUUCGUGUUUGAGAGCGACCUGCCCAAGGAACUGGACACCGCUGAACUGAUAGAGAAGCUGCGCCGCACCUCGCUGCUGACGACGCCCUGCUUUGGCAUGGACCAGGACUCCGAUGACUCGUCGGACGAUGAGGAAUUCCCCGAGACCGUGGAGGAGAAGGUGCGCCGCCUGGAGUUCGAGCGCCGCCGCAAGCUGCACUACAGGGAGUUCUUCUCGGUGCCGCUGGCCCGUCGCCUGAUUGCCGAAGAGUUCGGCGACAUGUCCGACUCGGAGCACAGCUACAAGUCCGAGACGAGUGCUUGCGUGCCCGAGACUUGCCCGAAGGACACGUACGACACCAUGAUGGGGGAAGACGACCAGGCUCGCACUUCGCACUCGUUGGCCGACGCCGGAUCCGAGGACGGCGGGUAUUACAUCGAGCCCGAGCCGGGCUUUGAUCCCAGCCAUCCGUGCUACCAGAAGUUGAUGGCCGAAAUCAAGCGUCCAGCCAACGCCGAGUCCGACAAGGCUCUCGAUACUGCCUCGCACGGCAAGCCUGUCCGUGUGCCAGAUCCCUCGUCCGAGACCGAUCUCAGCGCCGAACUGAAGAAGAGCCAAUCGGGCAGCACAAUAUAAAGAGAGGUUAAAGAUGUUUGCGCCUUUUCGCUUGAUUUGUUAAAAUUCUCAUGUUAUUUACACAAAUUAAUCAGCAGCUCAUAAAAUCUA